GCUGCUGCUGCUGCUGCUGCUGAUGGGUGGAUGAGUGGGUGUUGGACGUGCCAUGAUGGUCCCAGGCUAUCGAGCUUUUCAGAACAGAAAUAGAAAACGAUGAAAAAGGUUGAUUGGAUGGAAUUAUGUCCAACCAGCCUUCCAGUAUUCCAGUAUUCACAACAGCAGCAGCAGGUUCAAGCGGCGGCGGCGACGGCGGCGUAUUGGUUCUGGUUGGGUGAGGAGCCGAGUCACCUGUACUGUGUGCAUGCUCCCGCGGGUACUGCCAGGUUCCCAGUGAGCAGCAGGCGGUGGCACCAUGGCCGUGGCAACCUCGACGAUACAUUACAGUAUGUCGCGGUGAGAUUGUCUGUAACUCUUGCUGUCGCUGGACGUAAAAUUAUUGUUUGCUGCAAGUUGACGAUGACUUCUAGAAGUGGGAAGGUGGUGGCCGCUCCAUGGAAAGGAGGGGUUAUACGACUGCAAAAGGGGGAGGGUCGGUCGAUUUCAACCUUUCGCUACCCUCGGAUCGAUCCCGCUGAAGGUGUAUGUGUGCCCGUUGCACGAUUCUCAGUGCUGCUGCUGCUGCUGCCGCCGCCGGUUGCUGCUUCAGACAAUAAACUAUGGCGGUCACAUAGCUUGGACUACUGUAUUUGGUGCGAGAGAGACCUGGAGAGAUAUGUAGUAGGGGUAGGUCAGCAAAGCAAACAGUUGCAGUGGCGUGUGCAAUGGUCUGCAUUCUAUCACUGGACAAUUUGUGAAGGUGUAUCGACGUGGAAUGUAGUUCCAUUGGACUAUUCGAUAUAUUCCGCUCGAUUGAAGGGUCUUAAUCAUGUUUCAUUUCUAUUAGAACCAACCCACCAGGAUCCGAAUGACAUUUGCCAGUUUUUUUUUUUUUGUGAAAUCAGUUCCUAUUAAUGACCAAUUGGCUCUAAUGGCCCUCUACGGCUAUACGGCUGACUGUCGCGGUCAACACUAAAUGUACAACAGUUACGACAGAGUAGUGCGGUAGUGUGAUAGUUUGUGUUCCUAUGGACAUCACGAAUGCAAAGUGACAACCACCGACGCCGCGUUCGUUCGCUGCCAUUGGUCUGGAAUGGUUGGACAGACUCUAACCCUGAUCUACAUCCUGCUAAUGUUGGCUCACAGCCAGCAGUGUGAAGUGCGGCACUGCAGCGACGACUACCGCGGCCAGUGACUUGCAUAGGACUUGCACAAAAGAGACACUAGCCGCCGCGGCCUAUCGGUGUGAACCUGGGAUACGGUUUCAUCAAUCGCGCAACGCCAUGCAACGUCGAGCAGGUGCUGGUGGUGCACCAGGUGCAGCAGCGAUUUUAUCGCAACCGCAGCAUCAUCCUUCCCUCUUGCCCAGAGAUCCACCAUCGGGGGCGUCGACACUGUCAUCCUCUUCCUCUGCGUCCGCUUCGUCUUCGUCGCCAGCGGUGGGAUCACAGAACAAAGACAAUGCCUCCAAUCGUCAUGGGCAGCAUUUGAAGAAAUCAUCACCGGAGAGGAAUAGCAUUUCGGCUAGCGGUGGUGGUGGGCCUGGCAAGAAGUCACACGCUGGAAGCGGCACCGGUCACAGCAGCAGUGCUGGUGGUGGUGGUGGUGGUGGUGGUAGUACUAACCCCUCCGGGAACAAUCAAGACAGUGACGCCGACGAAGUUCCUGCCCGCAACAGCUGCAGCACCGGUGCCGGGGGCAACAUGGGUGGUUCCGGUGCAGCAUCAUCCUCCAGUGGCACCAAGGAUAAGGAUGAGGACGAUAUCUAUGAGUUUAAGUCCACUCCACGCGAUUCGAGUUCGUCGUCUAGCGACGAGAAGGAAAACAGCAACAGCGGUGGUGGUGGAAGCGGUAUCACUGGUAGCAGCAAUGGCAAUGCGAAUGGUAGUACCACGACCUCGGGAGGACACAAAAAAGGCACUGAAAAGCAGAUCGAAGACAAACUGUCCUCCACUGGUAACGAGAUGGAUACGCAUCCUUCACAACAGCAGCAUUCGUCGCAUCAGGAUCAUCCAUCACAGCAAUCAGUGCCUCUAGGUGGUAGUGGAGGAGCAAACGAGGAAACCCAAUCCCAGCAAAAGUCGCAGCAGGCUACGAAUGACGAAAAGCAUACAGCGCAACAGCAUUCGAGCCACCUGGAAGGAUCACAGAAUGGAACAUCGGGUACAUUGGCUUCUACUGGUGGCGGAUCAUCCGAUGGUACGGAACCGGCCGCAAAUACAGCUUCGAACAGCAGUGCUAGUAGCAACCUAGGAACUGGAUCUUCUUCCACCGGCGGCUGUAGCACUGGCGCAGGAUCUUCAAUAUCGUCGUCAGGCGUACCGAAACGUCCCUAUUCCGAAAUGAACGAUCCUGAUGAGAGUGGUAGUACCGCGAAUGAAGAUGAAACGAGGCGCAAGAAGCGUAAGGAUGCUGAUUCGCUCGCAAGUAAGGACAACGCAACUUCUUCCGGUGGCAAGACGAGUGGUACGGUCGGUAGUCGCGGUUCAACUCCACGACAGGAGAAGGGCUCCAAAUCCUCGAGUGUACCAUCGAAAAAUCUUGGUAUCUCGGGUAAGGGCACACUGGAUCGAAAGAGCCCCUGUGCCAGUCCGAAGCCGGGUACAGCGGGUACCACGGGGUCUACAGGAACCACAUCGAGUGCAUCUAGUACAGCAGGCACCACUUCUAGUGCCGCUGUCAGCACAAACUCGGCAUUGACCGGUACGGGUGCUUCAUCAUCGUCAGCGAGUGCUAAAGGUUUAUCCGGAACGAGCAGUAGCAACGAUAGUGACGGCGAAGCGGCAGGAUCUAGCGCUGCUGCAGGAACGGAUGAGGGCAGUGGGAAAGGUGGUGACUCCGGGUUCGGUACCGGUGCCGGAGGACCGAAAGUACCUCCAUUGAAGAUCGUAAUUCCACAGCAGAAUGCAAGCGGCGAUACGGAUACCGGUGGAAGCGCUCGAAACGGAAAGAACGCAUCGACGAGAAAUCAUGCCGCAUUGCCGUAUGUGGUGGCCUCUUCUAAUAGUAAUGAUUCAACGGCGGACAAGGAAAGCACUUCUUCACGUAGUGCUAGUCCUUCGGAUUCGAAGAGUUCUGAUGAGAAGAAUCCGAGUCAAACGAAGGACGAAAGAACUCAACAACGUGUACUACGCAGUUCUCAUCGUGGUGGUGUCGGCGGUGGCGGCAGCUCUUCGAAGGAUGGCACCGCCGGUGGUGUCGAUCGCUCCAACAACUCAUCACCCCAGAUGCAGCAAAGUAGCGGCUCACCUUCACCGGUUUCUAACAGUGGCUGUGAUGCAGCCACAGGAGGUACCGCCGGUGCGAAUGGUGGCUCAUCGACGGGAUCAUCAACUACUGGAAACGGUUCUGCACAAGCCGGUACAGGAAGAUCGAACAGCCCGGGAGGCAGUACGAGCACCACUGGAGGUAUUGCACCAGGCGAAUCAGAAAACGCAGGAUCGGGUAGCGCUGGAUCAGGAACAGCGAACGCCACGGCUGGUGGAUCGAAUCCCAAAAGUCCGCCCAGUGCAUCCACCGGAACAGCCGCAUCCGGUCGAGAGAGUGGCACAGCAAACAGUGGUGGUAGUUCUGGCGAAGGAAACAGUACAACGAAUGGAGGUGGUGGUAGCAAUGGGAACCGGGCUGCUUCCUCACCUGUGAACGAUGGAAAUGCUACAAGUGGAACCGGUUCCGGCUCCUCAGCCACUACUUCUACUGCCACGGGACAACCGACAGCUUCUUCGAGUAGUACGAGCGGUGCUGGAACAUCUUCUCAGUCGCAAGGAGGUGGCAAUUCGACCACCGCUUCCACAAAUGCCUCAUCUUCUUCCUCCUCAUCUUCCUCUUCAUCCACAUCGGAAACAUCCGUCCAUCCACGCAAACGUAAGAUCAAAACGAGUAAAGAACAAUCUGCUUCAUCCGCACCGCCCGUUACGAGUGGAGCUGCAACGGCAGCUGGAACCGGAACGACAGCCGCUGGUUCUUCCACUGCGUCCUCUUCCUCCUCCUCUUCGAUCUCGGGUUCAUCGGGUACGGGGGCUACAGCGGGAAGUGCUGCGUCCGGUUCAACGCCAGAAGAGAAGAAAGAACCCCGCGAUGAAACAACCGAUGUGCAUCCACACGAUCAACCGAUCACCAACUGCUACCAGAUGUAUCUGAACAUUCGCAAGCAGAUCGAGCGCCGUCAGAAAAGUUUGUUCCCUGUGCAACCGAAACCACCACAAGGCUUCAAGGACUACCUAAUGAACCGUUGUACUUACGCAUUGGCCGGUAAAACACCGUACGAACCGAACAUGCAAGUUCCAGCAUCGUUGCCAGCAUCGCUUAAAGAUAUGUUCCACGCGCAAGAGAAGGAACGCCACAAGCUCAAGAUGCAGCACAUUGUGGAGAAGGAAAAGCUGGUGUUGGCAGUCGAGCAGGAGAUUCUGCGCGUACAUGGACGUGCUGCCCGUGCACUGGCCAAUCAGUCGCUUCCCUUCUCCGUGUGUACCAUCCUAAAGGAUGAGGAAGUGUACAACAUCAUUACGCCGGAACAGGAAGAAAAGGAUCGCAAUGCACGCAGUCGGUACAAUGGGCGACUGUUUCUGAGCUGGCUGCAGGAUGUGGACGAUAAGUGGGAGAAAAUCAAGGAAGCGAUGUUACUGCGGCACCACAACGAGGCCGAAAGUCUGCACGCCGUACAGAAGAUGGAUUGGGAGUGGAAGAUGAAGGAACAUUUGCUUUGCGAAUUCAAAGCCAAACCGAUCAUUGACGAUACGUACGUCCCGAUGGUGAACGUGAACGAUGAUUUCGAUCUGUUGCCUGCGUAAGCGGGGCAAUAGGAGAGAGGCGAAUAUUAUGCCGAACACAUAUUUAGUUAAGGACCAUUUUUAGUUUUUAACCUGACUUAGCACAGCGGCAGCAGCAGCUCUCAUCCAGGCUCACAGGGCCCCUGACCGCUACCCGUUUCGACCGGUUAGUUUGGAAGGGUAAUAGCGCGUUAACGCGGAACAGGUACAAGAACGAGGUGAUCUUUUUAUAAACCUAUUGACACGAAUAAAAAAGUGCAUCAAUGCAUAAGU